AUGGUGAGAGACAAGCUCAGGGGAAGCAAGCGCCGCCUGGAACAGAGAUGCCCCCAGCCCAUCUCCUCGGCCCGCCCCAGGGACCUGGAUACUCGAGCCCAGGAGGAGGAAGAAGAUGAUGAAGAUAAAUAUGAGCUGCCCCCCUGUGAGGCUCUGCCCUUCAGUCUUGCCCCAGCCCACCUUCCUGACACCGAGGAGGAGGACUCUUUGUACUUGGAUCACCCUGGCCCCCUGGGCCCUUCCAAGUCACCACCACCGCAGCCCCAGGCCACAACGCUGAAGGCGGUCCUGAGCCUGCCAGAGACUAGGAAGCAGGGACAGCCCUUCCCCGUGGGGAAGCAAGGUAAUGAGGAUGUCCUGUGUCUUUCCGAGGCCCGCUCAGUGCCCACCCUGAGAGGUGGCUACACCGGCCAGAGUGGGUGUAAGCCAGCUAUCUGUACUGCCCAGCGCUACUGGGGAAGAACUCGCCCAGAUCUCCUCCUGGACGCCCACGUCCUAGCAGAGCUAGGGCCUACAAGCACCUCUGAAGGAGGAAGUCCCGGCCUUGACUCAGACUCUGAGCUCCCAAGUCCCCCCCCCCCCAGUCUCUCUGCCAAGGGUAUCAUUGGUGCCCAGGGAGCAGCGAAUGCCACCUCUAAAGGCCUCUGUGCACAGCCCUCUAACCUCCCGCACCUCUGCAGCUGGGCCCAAAGCUUUCUUUGCCUAAUCCCCUCCCCGCCUCAACUCUGUAAUCUGCUUCUUCCAGCAGGAAGGAGAUCCUCUCUUUCCUCUAGAGCACCCACCUGGAGCACCUCAGCUGCUGAGGACGGCAGCCUGCUGGGUCAGCCCUGGUACUCAGGAAACUGUGACCGCCAUGCCGUUGAGAGUGCCCUGCUCCACUUCUGAAAGGAUGGGGCCUACACUGUGCGCCCCAGCUCAGAGCCUCACGGCUCCCAACCCCUCACCCUGGCGGUGCUUCUCCAUGGCCGGGUCUUUAACAUUCCCAUCCGGCGGCUGGACGGUGGGAGCCACUAUGCCCUGGGCCGGGAGGGCAGGAACCACGAGAAGCUGUUCCCCUCCGUGGCGGCCAUGGUUCAGCACUUCACGCAGCACCCCCUGCCCCUUGUGGACAGACACAGCCACCGCCAUCAGCUCACCUGCCUGCUCUUCCCCACCAAGCCCUGA